AUGAAUGUCAGGCCAUUUGGCGGAGGAUGAUUAGAUAUUUGUCACUUGAGAUAAUACUGCUUUGAAACUAUAUUUAGGAACGUUAAUUAGUGGCCUCGAAAGAUUUUUAGUUCAUUUUUGUUUGCCGUUCUCCUUGCCUUAAAAAAUGUGAAAACUGAAAAGUAGUCAGAUUCCUCGAUACGGCAGUGCAGCUGUGAGCAUUAUAUCAGGUUUUGUGUAUUUUGGUUUCCAUAAAAUAAAGUAUAUUAUACAUAACGUGAAACUGUAGGUGAUUAGCAGAAUAUAUAUAUAUAUAUAUAUAGAGAGAGAGAUAUUUAAUAUUUUGUCAACCAAAAUACAAACAGUCAGACAGUCAUCAAUACAAAAAAAAAUACAUACAACAAAUAAAAUGGACGAAUAUAGCUAGGCCAAGCAUGUACCACUGCCAAUUCAAUUUCCAGUUGGUGGCUUUUUUGUUUUAUAUUCCUGUAUUCAGUAGGGCAUGUUGUUUUCCAGUUACAUUCUAUUCAAUUAUUUGUUUUUAUAAGUUAGUACAGCAGUAAGUAUUUGCUUGUUUCAUAGUUUCACGAUUUGCUUUUGAAAUCUGGAUAUUGGUUUUUAAUCCAAUCGGCAAAUGACUGAAUGUUGAUAUAUAAUGAACUGGACAGACUAUAUAUAAUUUGUAUCAUCAUAAAAAUAGAUUUCUGGAUACUGGGAUAUAAGUGUGUCAGAAAAUUAAUUAUGGAUUUCCAUCUUCAGAUCUUAAACACAAAACAUCUACCUGUCUACAGAUAAUACUGUAAUACUACAUAGGAAGACUAAGUUUAUUUCUGUUCAAUGUAAACUCCAUCAUGGCUAAUAUUCAAGCAGACAGUGUAGCGAGUGAUUUGCUGUUUGCUAACUUCAACCAGGAUUCAACAUCACUCGCUGUUGGAAGUCGUCAUGGCUACAGACUUUUUUCUUUGAGCUCAGUUGACAGGCUCGAGCAGAUCCAUGACAACGAAGGGACUAUUCGUGAUGUCUGCUUGGUGGAAAGACUCUUCUCAAGCAGUCUUGUUGCUAUUGUUAGUCUGAAUUCACCAAGGAAACUGAAAGUAUGCCAUUUCAAAAAGGGAACUGAAAUAUGUAAUUACAGCUACUCCAAUACUAUUCUCGCUGUCAAGCUUAACAGGCUUCGACUCGUUGUUGUUUUGGAAGAGAGCUUGUACGUGCACAACAUUCGUGAUAUGAAAGUUCUCCAUACCAUUCGAGACACUCCUUCAAAUUUGAAAGGCAUUUGUGCUUUGAGUGCCAGCAGUGAUAACUCACUCUUGGCAUACCCUGGCAGCCCUCAUACAGGAGAAGUUCAAAUAUUUGAUGUCACGAACCUCAAAGCUGUCACCAUGAUACAUGCUCACAACAAUCCUCUUGCUGCCAUGGCUUUCAACAAAGAAGCGAGUCGUCUCGCGACAGCUUCUGAUAAAGGCACUGUAAUUAGAGUGUUUUCAGUUCCUGAUGGCAAGAAACUUUUUGAGUUUCGUCGUGGAGUUAAGAGAUGUGUUUCCAUAAAUUCACUCUCUUUCAGCAGCAAUGCAAUGUUCCUUACAGCUUCAAGUAACACAGAAACUGUGCAUAUAUUUAAGCUUGAUCUUUCAUCUGCUGCCUCAUCUCCACAAAGUGUUGCACCAACACGAAACGGCUAUCAGUCCUCUGACGUUGCUAACAACAACAAGCAUGAUUCAUCUUGGAUGGAUUACUUCAAUAAAGUGCUGACCACAUCAUCCAACUACCUUCCAAUACAGGUCACCGAUAUUCUUAACCAGGACAGGGCUUUUGCUACUGUCAAAUUACCAACAGCAUGCAGAAAGAAUAUUUGCACUUUGGCCGUAAUUCAAAAGCUGUUACGUGUGAUUGUCGCUUCCACUGACGGUUAUUUAUACAUCUACAAUUUGGAUACAGAGGAAGGUGGCGAAUGCACUCUCAUUCGUCAACACAGGCUAAAUAUUGAGAGUGGUUUUAUCACAAGACAAUCACCAACGCCUAUCUCACCAUCAAGCUAUGCUGAAGCAACUCGAGGACAGCAAACCGUUCCAAAAAUAAAAGACAGAUCUGGAAGCACAGGUAGUUCUGCAAGUAGCAGUAGUGACUCUACAUUCUCUAAUGUUUCGAAAUCAGACUCAUCGCCUGGACGUGUACGAUACACACACUCACCCAAAGGGAGAUUGAAAGGCAUGAUAGAUGAACAUGAACUUGCCGAGGACUUGCCUUUGGAUGAUGAAAGCGAAUUUCCACCCAUGACAAUGUAUUGUGAAUAAGACUGCGUCCGGGCCUUGGCUAGGUUGGAUUUUCUUUUAUAAUAGAUUAUGGGACUGGGACAGGUGCAUUGAGUACAUAUGUACAGUUUGUUUAUGGUUGGUUAUGGUAUCUGGAUUCAUGGAAGUUCACUGUCAUUUCUUCAACUAGAUAUCACUUAGAAAAUUUUCCAAUAUAUUUCAUUAUUGGUACAAUACAAUUUGAUUGUAUGUCACGUUUCAUGACAGUGUAUGGAGUAAUCAAUCAGGCCAAUACACACUCUAAAUGAUUAGUCUCUUGCUAUUGGUUACAAUUGAUUAUUUAAUGCUCAUCAAGUUUUCAUUUCUUUGUUACACUCUCGGUAUAUCUGCUAGCCAAGGUCCUUGUUUUCAAAUCUCAUGUGUUAUUCAUACAUACUGUAAAAUAUAGAUGAAAGAGUAGAUUUCAUAAAAUUUAUUACAUGAAAAAAUGUAACAGGGCCUAAUGUAUAUUGCAUACGUAUUCAAGCAUGGUUCAUGUUUGGCAUAGUUUGAAAUACACAAUAUCAGUAAUAUCUUAGCAUUGUAGCACCUCGAGCACUUUUGUUGUUGUUAUUAUUUGACUAUAUUAUAUAAUACCUUAUCAUAAAGGUAUUUAUUUAGGUAUAACUUGAGUGCAAUAAUAUUUAAAGUUGUAGAUUCAUGCCACUGGUUUUUACCUCACAUAUGAUUGAGUGAGUGAUGAUUGUAUCUGAUUGCUGAUAAUCUGAGAAAGGAUGUGUUUGCUGUUUCUUUCUUUAGUGUACUAAAAUUAUUUCCUUUUAAAUUUUUUUGCGUCGUUAUCAUUUUUUUGAUUGUAUUUUUUUAAACAUGUUAUUAGUAUUUCAAGAAAAAUCUGGUCAUGGAUAUAUCUCUGUUUGCCUUUUAUGUCCAUGCCUGAAUUUUUCUCAAUAGUGAAGUUGAUGUUAAAAUGAAAUGCAUUGAAAAUAUAUAUUUUGGUGUCAUUCAUACUAAAUUAUAUUACAAUAUAAUUUGAAUGGAAAUCUCAAAAUCCUCCCUUCAAUUGCUGAUUUAAUCUCUGUACUCAAUUUAUUGUAUUUCUUUUUCAAUAUUAAAUGCUUGAUUUUAUGAUAUUAUAUGGCACAGCUGGUGAUUUUGCUGCUUGCCUGGGUUGCAUGCGAAGUGUUGUUUGAUAGUUUGAGUUGUAUUUAUUCACGAGUUAUUAAUAAUUAUUGGUAAUAAUAACAAUAACAAAUAUUUUGAAACCACAAAAAUUUAUUUUCUUACGCUUUUAAUUAAUUUAUCAUCCUUCUACUUUUUUGUUCAUUAUUGCAUCAUUUUAUUCUUUUAGUGUUGCCAGUUUCUGAUCAUUUAUCGUAUGAUUGAAUAUUCCAAAUGUGUACUAAAGUCUUAAUUAAGCUAUGGGACCCAUUUCAAAUACCCAGAGUAUUUUUCAUGAAAAAAGAAAAGAAUUUUUGGAUGUUAAAAUUUUUCUCUGACAUAGAUACCACAUCCCAAAUACAUGCCAAGUAUUCAAUAGGAUCUCAAGUUCCAUUUCAUGUUGCUAUAAAUUUCCGUCUGUAACAAAGUUUGCAACAAACAUGACGAAAUGUCGUUUUCUGAUGAAUGAAAUUGUAAGAAAUAGAGUUAAAUUUUGAUAUCCGAUUCAUAACUUCAUUUCUGCUUUAUUUUUGGAUACAUUGUGUGCAGCCAAAUUUUCUAAUAUUUCCAAUUCUCUACUUCAUUCAUUUGGUAAUACCGCCUUGCCAAGCUAUAACUUGUAUAAAAAUUAGACUCCCGACUCAUAUUUAGUCUGCAUGAAGCUUCAAAAUAACAGUAUGGAAGAUCUUUAUAUCUGAAAAUACUUUCAAUGUUUAGUCUGGCGACAGCUUAUUAAUGAGCCAACUGGCCAAGUAAUUUGUCUACUGAGGGUAUCUAAUUGAAAGCACCAUUUAUAGUUAACAAUACAAGCUUAUUUGUGAUAUACUCCAGUAAUUAAUUGCCGUUUUGAGCAUGAAUAUUUAUCACAUGAAGAGCUGUUCUGGGACAUUACAUUGAUGAAUUUUAUGAUGGAAAUGAAUGCUCAGAAAAAAAUGCCUAUGUUAGUCAGAAAAGCUUAAACAAGAAAACAUCAUAUAACAUUAAAAAUUCAUCUUUUGUAUAUAUCUAUUCAUUUGUAUAACUUUGUAUAGUUCCUUUCGAUGGUAUAUUAUUUUACGCAUUGCUUGUGGAUGGAUGUUUUAUACGUCAUUGCCUUACAUUUCUAUGUUUCAUUUUCACUUACCGGUAUGUUGUAAUAAUAUGAAAUGAAAACAAACAAAAUAACGAACAUCUUUUUAUAAUUAAAAGAUACUUAAUUGAUAUAAUUCAUAAUUAGUGCAUACAUUCUUAUUUAGAACAAAAUGUUUUGUUGAGAUCCACUUUGAACAAGGCUCGAACAAUUACCUACUCUGUAGAUAUCGGUAUUUUGGGUUUUAAAUGACUAGAAUCUUUGCAUUUUGGCUACAUUUAGAUUCAUGUUUUGUCUAUAGCAAGCAUUGUUUGGCAUGUUUAUUUGAUUAGAUCUAGUUUAAAUGUGUAUUGAACUACUGGUUAAUAAACUAUGAAAAACUGA